AUGCAGCAGCCUCAGGCGACCCCCUCUGUGCCUACGAUACACUUCCGAGAGCCCCGCAUUUUCAACGGCAAGCCCGAGGAGGUUGUUCCUUUUUUGAAGGAAAUUCGGCACGCUGUUCAAUUACAGCAUUGGGGGUUGCCGACUCAGGAGUAUGACAAGGUAGUCUAUAUGGCUACCUACCUGAAGGAUGGAUCACCCGCAUUGUGGUUCAAUUCAAUUGAACAGUUCAACUUGGCCCUCCUCCAGGACUGGGAUGGUUUUCUCGACACUUUCCGUGAAUGCUUCGAAGAUCCCGAUCUCGUGACCAAGAACCUUCACCAGACUAGUUUGGUUGCUUCCUACUCCUCGCAUUUUAAGGAGCUGCUUGUGUACCUUGACUUCUCUGACCAGACAAAGAUUCAGUAUUUCCGCAGGAAUCUUAAGGAACUGGUCAAGGAUCUUUUCCUUACCAUUCAGCCCUCGACCAACUUCAAGGACUUCAUCACUCAGGCGAUCGCUCUGGACAACUGUCUCCAUCAGCAUGAACUCGAGAAGAAAUCAGAUAAGUUCUUCCCUCAUCAUAUUCCUUCUCAUGCUUCUGAGGGCCAACAUCGGCCUCGAGAGCACAUGCAACUGCAGCUGGCAGCCUCCACCUCCAAUAAUGAUGUAGUUCCAAUGGAGGUCGAUGUUGUUUGA